AUGCCAUCACACCAGGCGCUCCAGGGGCACCUGUGGUGCGGCAUCUUUACUGGAGCAACCACACCACGGCGGAAGAGGAGGAAGGUUGCUCCGGUUACCCCGCGGUUGCCCAUACGUCUGCCAACCGCUGUGCAGACACCAUUGCAACCACCCCCGCGAUUCGAGUUCCCACCUUCUGUCCAUCGCCACUUGCCCCAAGCAAUUGCAGACAUGGUUAGCGAGAGUUCCAGCGAUGAAGACGGGCAACAGCACCAGCAGCAGCGAGGGCUUUCACCUGUGGACAGGGGUCUGCAGCGCCCGCUGAACCUCCCCGCGCCCAUCCCUUUCUGUUUUCCCAGCACACCGGGUGGAUCCCUGGUGGAGCGCCUGGCAACGUUCAUCGCCGAUGUUCACGUCCUUGUGCGCCACACCACCUUCUUUAUCAAGUACUACCUUGCUGAUCAUCCUCUACACGAUUUCCCGGACAUCACCGACAAGCACAUCAGUGUGAUGUUUGAGCUGCUCAACAAUCCAGGCUACAAUGGCAAUCCGCUCAUCGCGCAAGAGUUGCGUCCAUGGGAUUAA